AGUAAAUUAGCGCCAAUUUUAUUAGUGAUAGAGAGGUUAAGGUUCAUAACAGAGUUGUUUAGGUUGUUAUAAUAAGCGAAAUUUAAUUUGUUUGUCACUAUAAAUAAAUAUUUUCUUUUCCGUAAUGGGUUUGUUAGACGACUGUUACACAUAUUUUGGUACAAAGAAACUUUAUUUUGUUCUAGGAACUCAAGAAGGUGCAUCGGAGAAAGAAUUAAAAACAGCAUACCGUAAACUGUCAUUGAAAGUCCAUCCUGACAGAACCGAAGAAAGUCAGAAAGCAGAGGCAACAAAGAAAUUUCAGACAUUGGCUAAGGUCUACUUCAUACUAUCGGAUCAAGAGAAGAGGGCUGUAUAUGAUGAAACUGGUGAAGUUGAUGAUGAAAAUGACAUCCCACCAGAAAGAGACUGGUCAGUUUAUUGGAGACUGUUGUUUCCGAAAGUUUCUCAGAAGGAUAUAGAAAAUUAUUUGAAAAAAUAUAAAGGAUUAGAGGAAGAAAAGAAGUAUUUAGUUUGCUUACUUUGGCAAACUAAUUUUAAUAAUAAUGUUGUAUUUCAGUACCUUGAAGAAGCUACAGAGGCAGAAGAAUUAAAAAAACAGAUGGGCUUAAGUGCAGAUGGAUGUGAUAUUUCUCUGGAACAUGCUAUCACUGCAAGGAAUCAGUCUCGAGAAAAAACAUUUGAUAGCCUAAUGAGUAGUCUUGAGGCUAAAUACUGUAAACCAGGAAAACCUAAAGGAAGAGCUGGAAAGAAAAAAUAAAACUAAAAUGACUUUCUAUAAUGGAUGAUAAUUUUGUAAUAUUUUACAUCCAAAAAUAUUAUUAUCUUUAUACAGCUAUUGAACAAAUAAGAAUUUACUAUAGGUUGAUUUCACUGGGAGUUUUUUCAGCUAUAAAUUGCCCCAAAUAACUUAAAAUAGGCAUCUAAAGCAAAAAAGUUAAAACAAACUGUCUAACCAAAAGAUAAAAAAUAUAGUACUGUUCAGUUUUCUAUAUGUUUAAUGUAAUGGACUAUCUGAAAGGAUCUAGCACUAUAAAGUUGAAAAAAUACUUUGUAAUCUUAAAAUAUUUGUAUAUUAACCAGUUACUUUAAUUUUUUAUCAUGCAAUUAAAAUAAUUGUCAUUCUGAAACACUUCUGUUAUUUGGCUAUUGUAUGUGUUUUGUGAAAAUUUUAUGUAUAUAUGUUUUAUGUAUAUUCCUGAAAAACUGAGUAAGUUUUUUUUCUCUUGAAAGUUUAAGAUCAUUAUAUGUGAAACUUGUUCCAGACACUUAAGGAAAAAAUAAAUAGCAGCAAUACAUUCUUAAACAACCCACUGAAUUAUACAGUUUAUAAAGAGUAAAGUAGUGCUUAAAGUUGUUCAUUAGCUAAGCUUUCAAUUAAUUUAUUAUAUAAACAUUAACUAACUCUACAUGUGUGUGUGUGUCUUUGUAGAUAGGUUUUUUUUGUGAUAUUAAGUGAGCUAUCAAUAACUUUUAGUUUAAGAACUUAUUGUGGAGUUAAUUGUGUAUGAAAUGAAAUUUCUAAUAAAAAGAAGUUGUUUAA